CUAAUAGGGAUGCCAAAGGAAAAAUAUGAUCCUCCAGAUCCUCGCAGAAUUUAUACCAUCAUGUCAGCAGAGGAGGUAGCCAAUGGGAAAAAAUCUCACUGGGCAGAAUUAGAAAUCUCUGGUAGAGUGCGGAGCUUAAGUACAUCACUUUGGUCAUUGACACAUUUGACAGCACUGCACCUAAAUGACAAUUACCUUAGUCGCAUUCCACCUGAUAUUGCCAAGCUUCAUAAUCUGGUUUACCUGGAUCUGUCAUCCAAUAAACUCAGAAGUUUACCAGCAGAACUAGGAAACAUGGUGUCUCUCAGGGAAUUGCUUUUAAAUAACAAUCUGUUACGGGUUUUGCCUUAUGAACUUGGACGGCUCUUCCAGCUACAAACUCUAGGUUUGAAAGGCAAUCCUUUAUCACAGGAUAUUCUCAACUUAUACCAGGACCCAGAUGGAACCCGAAAGCUACUGAACUUCAUGCUUGACAAUCUUGCAGUUCAUCCUGAGCAGCUUCCUCCGAGGCCAUGGAUUACAUUAAAAGAACGAGACCAAAUUCUGCCAUCAGCAUCAUUCACGGUUAUGUGUUACAAUGUGUUAUGUGAUAAAUAUGCUACCCGGCAGCUAUAUGGCUAUUGCCCAUCCUGGGCAUUAAACUGGGAAUACAGGAAAAAGGGAAUUAUGGAAGAAAUUGUUAACUGUGAUGCAGAUAUCAUUAGUCUUCAGGAAGUAGAAACAGAGCAAUACUUCACUCUCUUUCUGCCAGCAUUGAAGGAGCGUGGAUAUGAUGGAUUUUUUUCUCCAAAGUCACGUGCCAAAAUCAUGUCUGAGCAGGAGAGAAAGCAUGUGGAUGGUUGUGCAAUAUUCUUCAAAACAGAGAAAUUUACAUUGGUACAGAAGCAUACAGUGGAAUUUAACCAAGUGGCAAUGGCUAAUUCCGAUGGAUCCGAAGCUAUGCUGAACAGAGUGAUGACAAAAGACAACAUUGGUGUCGCUGUGGUAUUAGAGGUCCACAAAGAACUAUUUGGAGCAGGUAUGAAGCCUAUUCAUGCUGCAGACAAACAGCUGCUUAUAGUGGCAAAUGCCCACAUGCAUUGGGACCCAGAGUAUUCUGAUGUGAAACUCAUCCAGACCAUGAUGUUUGUCUCAGAGGUUAAAAACAUUCUGGAGAAAGCCUCUAGUAGGCCUGGCAGCCCAACUGCAGAUCCUAAUUCCAUCCCGCUGGUGCUAUGUGCAGAUCUUAACUCAUUGCCAGAUUCAGGUGUUGUGGAAUAUUUAAGCAAUGGAGGAGUAGCUGACAACCAUAAAGACUUCAAGGAACUAAGGUACAAUGAGUGUCUUAUGAACUUCAGCUGCAAUGGAAAGAAUGGAAGCUCGGAAGGGAGAAUCACACAUGGCUUCCAACUUAAGAGCGCCUAUGAAAAUAACUUGAUGCCUUACACCAAUUACACCUUUGAUUUCAAAGGCGUGAUUGACUACAUUUUCUAUUCCAAGACUCAUAUGAACGUGCUUGGUGUCCUGGGGCCUUUAGAUCCUCAAUGGCUGGUUGAGAACAACAUCACUGGGUGUCCACACCCUCACAUCCCUUCAGACCACUUCUCACUGUUAACACAACUUGAACUCCACCCUCCACUCCUGCCUCUUGUCAAUGGUGUUCACUUGCCUAAUCGGAGGUAGUGGAGUACUACCCCGCAAAGACGGGGAUAUGUUGCUAUGGACCUGUACAGUUGUAAAUCAAAGUAUGUAGGAGUGAAGUAUGGCCAUCCUUAAGCUGCUUCUUCAGGUUCCUUUCAUUAUGUGUUUGCUGUAAGCCUUUGUACAUUUUUGUGCAUAUUGGUAUCAUUUGGCACUAGGUCCAGAACCAAAGUUUUAAUCUCUUUCCAAAAUUUUAACUUAACUUGUUUUUAAAUUGAAUCUUCUUAGUAUUAUAAUAGGAGUCAGCAUUCAUAAUUGAUAAAUUAACAGUUUGAGGCCCAACAACAGUGUGUUUGUUUUUCUAAAACAAAUGUUUUCUUUUGAAUGAUUUCAGAUGAGCCAACAUUUCUGUAAAAGGCAGUUUUUAAGAACUAUAAAUAAAAGAUUUUAAACAGAAUGAUGGCAUGCCUUUCAGGGGAUACUUUCUUGAAUUUGUGUUUUCCUUUAUAAUAAACUGAUUUUUGAAUUCCCAAGUCAUUUGCACAUUAACAGAGCACUUAAAUUUGCGUGAUCUGUAUAUAAACUAUGAUAUAGCCUCUAGCCAUAAGAAAAUUUGGGAAAGAAAAGAUGGUUGCACAAUAUGCUUUCAAAAUCAAGCAUUUAGCAUCUCAUGACAAUC